AUGAAUCAUGAGUGCAAGGUGACAUGGGUAAUGGCUGAGUAUAUGCUGGCUAAGAAGAAGGAGCAAGUUUCUGUGUAUAGUCUCUUAAUCCUCUAUGGGAAGCAUAUAUUGUCACACAUUUACGUUUUCUCUGAGAGAAUCUCUGUUCUGAGCAGAUAUGAAUGUUUCAGGAGAUCUACUCUUCACAAAUCAAACAUGAAGAAGCUAUUAGAGAGUAUCACAGGGACUAAGAAUAUGAACAACGACGACCCUAGGCUGUCCGUUGUUAGUGGUAUAGCAAAAAUGUUUGUUGGUGAGCUCGUGGAAACAGCUCGACUGAUUAUGGUGAAAAGGAAAGAAUCAGGACACAUCAGACAGACCUUGCCAUAUCCGAGAGUCCUAUCGUAG